AUGUCGGAUGCCGGUGCAGCAGCUUUAGCUGCUCACGAUCACGAGCUUGCGUUGGAUGAAGCAGCACAAAAGGCACCGAAACCGUCAGCGGACACCAAAUCAUCUCCAGAAACGCAUGUCAAAGUAAUUGAUCCGGUUGACCGAUACACUGCGUUGGCUGUUCGCGGCGCAAUUGUUGGUGUUGGUCUCGCUGGCGUGGUUAUAUUCUUGAGGAACUCAAGAGUGUUCCAUAAAUUCCAACAUGUGAGCCAAAUUCCCAAAGAUUUCGUUCGUAAAGAGCUUGAGCUGAAGGGAAGAGUUCGAGAAGUUUUGCCAAAUGGAGAGUUGAAGGUUGAGCAUGAGCCAAUCAUGAAGAUUCCGUUCAUUCCACGACGAAAGAGUCCUAAUGCUGGUCUUUUGCAUUUACGAUUGGCUGGAAUUGAUUUGUCAAAGUCUGGCCAACAAUUUUUGGCGAAGGACUUGCGACUUACCAACAAACCGGUAACUUUCACAGUUAUCAAGGGUACUGAAGGAAAUCCAGACUGUGUAGAUGCUGAUGUCACCGUCAAGACGAACGCGUUUAGCCGUAAAAACUUGAAUAUCGAAGUUGUACGCAAGGGAUACGCUCGCGUUCCUAGCCCUGAUCAGCAUAAACAUCUUAAAGACCUUCAAUCGAUUCCAGCGUAUUCUAGACUAGUUAGUCGUCUUCUAAUGAGCGAGAAGAUUGCUGAUCGUCGAGGUGUCGGAGUUUGGGAGCGUGAUACCUGGGUCGAAUCGGUUCAAUCCUAUCCAACUCAACUGUCUGGAAUAAUCCGAUCCGCCGCAAUCACAAAAGCAGUGGUUUUGCUGUUCAACGUGACCAAAGACGUGAUCCUUUAUGGUGUGAAAUUGACCCAGCAAACGUACCACGUGGCAUUGUACUUGAUCGGCUACAUCGCUAGCGGCUAUCGUAAAUUCGCGACGGGCGUCGACCGGCUCACCGAUAAAUACAAUCGUGUGCGUCAAAGGAUCGGAAAGUAG